AUGGAAAAUUUGAAACAUGAUGAAGAUGAUGAAGUAAAAAUGCCUAAUCAAAGAAAAAGGUCGUCGGAACGUUCGCUGUGCCCUCAAUAUGUUUUAGAGGAAGCUAGAAGACGAAUAGAAAAUGGUGAAAGCAAAAGAAAAGUAGCAUCGUCGUACGGGAUGAAAGAAAGUACUUUGCGGUAUCGCCUGAAGAGAAAAGAAGCUGCAACAAAGCUUGGUAGAUAUGAUGCAACUCUUUCUCCCGAAAUUGAACAGGAAUUUUGUAAUUAUUUGGAAGAUCUUGACAAUAUGUUUCAAGGGAUGACUCCUAAGAAUUUGAGGAUUGCUGCUUACGAGUUUGUGGUGAAAAAUAAUAUUCCUCAUCGUUUCAAUGCCGAAAAGAAAAUGGCAGGCAAACACUGGCUUCGUGGAUUUCUCAGUCAGCACCCAGAUCUUUCACUAAGAUGUCCAACUUCCACAAGUAUUGCUAGGGCGAUGGGAUUUAAUAAGCCACAAUGUGAAAGGUUCUACAAAAAUCUAGCAGAAUUGAUGGACAAGUAUAAGUUUCCUCCAACUUCCAUUUAUAAUAUGGAUGAAACUGGUCUGUCUACCGUACCCAACAAUCCUCCAAGGGUCAUAUCAAAAAAAGGAAAGCGCGCUGUUAAUAAGAUUUCUAGCGCUGAAAGAGGAACGAACGUAACCGUAGUGAAUGCUAUGAGUGCAUCUGGACACUUCAUUCCUGCCGCUUUCAUAUUCGGUCGCAAAAGGAUGAAAGCAGAAUUGCUGGAUGGCGCACCACCAGCGUCUAUUGGAAUGGUCUCAGACACAAGUUAUAUUAAUAGUGAACUUUUUUUAAACUGGCUAGGUUACUUUAAAGAUCACACAAGACCAACUAAAGAACACCCUAUCCUUCUGGUUCUUGACAAUCAUGUGUCGCAUUGUACAAUAGGGGCUGUAGACUUUUAUCGAGCGAAUAACAUAAUAGCUCUAACCAUACCUCCACACAGCAGCCACAAGAUGCAACCACUAGACAAAGGUUUUCAUAGUGCGUUGAAGACUUAUUUUGCGAGCGAAUGUGAAAAAUGGAUGAGACACCACCCUGGCAGAGCUAUAACUGCUUUUCAGAUGACGUUUAAUAAAGCAGCUACAGUUGGUUGUGCUGCUGAAUGUUUCAAGGUGUCUGGAAUCUACCCAUACAAUCCAGAUAUCUUCACAGAUGCAGAUUUUCUUCCUAGUGCUGUGACCGAAAGAGAAAUGGGUGAUAACCAAUGUUCAGAAUCACAACAGGAGAAUCCUCAAGAAGCAACACCCCAUGAACAGAGAGAACCAGUUAUGGAUAAUGAGCCUCGUGCUUCUGUUUUCAACAAGGAGCCAAAAAAACCAUCAACUCCGAGGAACGCUUUUACAGCAAUUGAGAAUGUUUCUCUAGUAACAGAAGCUCCAGCCGAACCAGUUGUGAGUUCUGAGUCAGGGCAAAAGAAAAACUUCGACGGUCCUCCAGCUGAAAAAAAUGGUGGUAUCUUCCAAGUUCCUGCACAGGAUGAGUUUCAGAACCACCAUAAAUAUCUUCCUGCUUACAGAGAGACAAAAAUACCCGUAGGAUGA